AAUAUCGGGUACUUGCAAACAGGCUUGGAUGAAAAAGUCGGUAAUUUUAUCGCUACUCUAUCAACAAUAACCUCUUGUACUCUAGUAGCGAUGUAUUACGGCUACCAAUUAGCAGGAACGCUGAUCGCAGUUGUUCCAGUAAUAUCUGCGAUAAUUGUAAUAACUCGUCGAGUAAACAAUUGCAUAAAAAAACGAGAAGCCCAUCACUACCGAGCAGCCCAGGCGAUGGUAAGACAGACCUUGAAUCACAUGAGAUGCGUGUGCGCAUACUCCAAAGAAGAAUAUGAAGUCAACAAGUACAUCAGCCAUUUGGCGCCAGUUGAGCAGUGCGAUGUUCUAAAAGGAACCAUUUUGUCCAUAACUGGCGCCACGCUCUGGAUAAUAAUUUACGGGAUGUAUGGAUUCGCUUUCUGGCAAGGAGUCCAGUUUUUGAGAAUCAACAAGAGCUACUCCGUCGCUUCUUUAAUUAUUGUCUCGUUCUCCACCCACAUAGCUGUCUUUUAUAUAUUCCAAAUUCCUCUGUAUAUAAAUUUUAUGUGGAAAGCAACCAUCGCUGCGAGAAAAAUUCUGGUUAUGAGUAAAAGGACGCUGAAGAUAGGUGGCGCUGAGCCAAACGAUGCUGAUUCUAGGAUUAUUGUCUUCAAUAAUGUUACUUUUAGAUACUCAUUAACUGGACAAGCGAUACUCAAAAAUGUGUCCUUUGAAAUUGACCGAGGGACAACAGUGGCCAUUUUUGGACCCCAAUGUUCUGGGAAGACAACUCUACUGGCUCUAAUUCAUCGAUUUCAUUUUCUGCAACGGGGAAAAAUCAGCUUCAAUGGAAUGAAUAUCGAAGACAUUGACCUAUUCUGGUUGCGGAAGCAAAUCGGGUUUGCCCAGCAGUGUCCUGUACUUUUUGGCACCACGAUACUGGAAAGCAUCACCUGUCUUACAACUUGCAAGAGUCUUGACUGCGUACAUGAAGUUGCUGAGAUAGUAGGAAUGCAUUCGUUGAUUUCAGAACUUCCAUUGGAGUAUAACACUCCACUGACCUGGGAUUUACAGGUUGACCAGAGACAGAGGCUUGCAUUAGCCAGGAUUUUGUACCGCAAACCUGAAAUUCUGAUGAUGGACGACUCAGUGUCAGCUUUGUCUUCUGUUGAUGAAGAAUUCAUUUUUGAUCAUUUAAAACAGACUUAUGAAAAACUAACAAUAAUUAUAGUAACAAAUAAUCCCAGAAUUUUGGAAAAAGUUGAUAAAAUUUUGUACCUAACUGAUGGAAGAAUAGAAGAGUUUAACAGUGUUGGACAAAUGGUCCAAACGAAUCCGGAAGUUGAUAGUUUAAUUAUUGAAAAAGACGGAACAGUUGAUAAUUUUGAAGUUGAAACGAUGGCAAAAUGUCGGGACAAGCAGCCAUCUUGUCCUCCAGUGUUUCCUCGGACGUCAAGUUUCUUCGGGCGAAGCUACCAGCAGCUUUUGCGGUCAGGAUUGGUGCAAAUCGGGCGAUCGGGAGCGUUUCUCCAAGUGCCUAAUGUUUCAACUUACACCCUCGAAAGCAGAACGAUGAUGUUUAAAAAUCUGAUAAAAUUUCUUCUAAGAGACAAGCGAAGGUGGCUUCAAUUACUAUUCGCGGGUCUUGCUUCAGUAAUUCUGGGUUUGAACGCUCCUAUGUACACUGUACUUUAUGGAGAAACUCUGAGCUUAGUGGCACUGUUCGACACCUCUGAGCUCCUAAAACGGUACAAAUUUUUCACGACUAUGUUUUUCGCCGCUGGAUUCGUCGCGAGUUUUUGUAAAAUUGUCCAGGACUCGAUGCUCAGUUUUGUGGACAGCAAACUUACUACCAGGAUUCGCAGAGAGACUUUCAGGAAAAUUUUGCAGAAGAACAUGGAGUGGUUUGAUACAGAAGCGAGGACUAUUUGUGAGAUCGUCGGAGUUUUGAGAAAGCCGCCAGAAGCUCAGCAAGGCUGUGCUAGAAGAUUGGUGUUUUUGAUAGAAACUCUGGCUUCUGUUACCGUCAGUAUCAUCCUUUCGAUGUUCUAUAACUGGAAAUUGGGCCUCGCUACCCUUUUUUUGACUCCUAUGACCCUUUAUAUGCUACAAUUCAACAAGCGAUUGGUUACCGAACGCAAUUAUCAUGUUGCGACAAGUUUUAACAAAGCUAAAAAGAUGAUAAUUGAAGCAACGAGAAAUGCCGAAGCAAUAGCCGCAUUAAAUCUAGAGAGUAAAUUUAUAGACUUGGACGAUGAUGCCGAUAAUUUAAUAACCAGUAACCAGAACAAUGUUAAGCUACAGGCGUUUAUUUAUGGGUGCUGCGUUGCAUUACCUCAAUUUGCAUACUCGGUCGCGGUAUUUUACGGCGGAUACAUGCUAAACAGAAAUGAAAUUGAUUCAACAACUGUUUUCAAAGUUGCGGAAGCUAUAAUUCUAGGAACUUUAUUAGUCGGCCAUUUGGUGUUGCCCAUGGAGUCAAUGUCCCAUGAAAUGAACCUGUCUUCUAAUUUCGUAGACAUUCUAGACGACUCUAAGGAAGUAAAAAGCGGGGUUAGGGUACCAGAUUUGCAAGGAAGAAUAACUUUCCAACAAGUAUCAUUUGUUCAUUCUUACUACGCAGCAAUUCCUAAGUUGUAUGAAAUGAAUCUUUAUAUCAAACCUGGAGAACUUGUUGCUUUUGUCGGUAGAUUGCACUCUGGAGUGUCUAUACCUAUUCAACUGUUGUUGGGGUUCUAUAAAAUAACUUCUGGAGACAUUUUUUUUGAUGAUCAGCAGCUGAAUGAUGUUAAUAUUAAGGAGCUGAGGAGGCAAAUGGGUCUUGUAGAAGGAGAGCCGAGGUUUUUUAAUGACUCAAUUGCUUACAAUAUUUCUUACGGUGGAAAUCGUAAAAUGUUGGCCAGCGAAAUUAUUGCUACUGCUAAAAAAGUCGCAUUGCAUGACUUUAUAUCUUCUUUGCCUAAAGGAUACUAUACAGUACUAGAUGAUUCGGAAAUAAUAUUAACGACCAGUCAAAAAAUAAAACUCUCUCUUGCUAGAGCACUUGUGAGAAAUCCACGGAUUCUUCUGUUUGACAAUCUAAAAAAAUGCGAGACUGAAGAAGCUCAGCAGCGAUUAGAAGAUAUAAUAUCUUCUGUAGCAGUAGGACGCACAUGUAUCGCUUCAACACACGACCCACUAUCAGCGACACGAAUAUUUUCGCGGAUUAUUUUUAUAAAUCGCGGAAAUAUUUCAGAGUCUGGAACUCAUGAAGAGUUGAUAAAAGCCAACGGACAUUACGCUCGCUUUUGGAGAGAAGAAAGAAAUAGACUAUCUAAUUAA